AUGUCGACGACAAACGAUACGCUGAAUGUACUGUCCUUCAACUGCUGGGGUCUUGUUGUAGUGGCCAAACACCGAGAAUUUCGAUUACGAGCCAUCGCUACAGCACUGCAACACCAGAAUUGCGAUAUCAUUACAUUGCAGGAAGUGUGGGUGCAGAAGGACUUCGAAUACAUUCAAGAAGCCGUCAAACAAACACUUCCAUACACCAAAUACUUUUACAGUGGUGCGUUGGGCAGUGGUUUAGCUAUUCUGUCUCGAUUUCCCAUCAUCUCCACCUCCUAUCACCGUUAUGCCUUGAAUGGAAAGCCCCUCAAAUUUUGGCAUGGCGAUUAUUAUGUCGGCAAAGGCGUGGGAUCAGCGCUCGUCGACCAUCCAGCCAUUGGAUUAUUGGAGGUAUUCAACACGCAUUUACAUGCUGGGUAUGGGCCGAAAGCUCAAUACACGGCGCACCGUGCCACAGAGUGCUGGCAACUAGCCAAUAUCUUGCGACAGUCUGCUGCUAUGGGAAGACAGAUUGUGAUGUCGGGUGAUUUCAACAGUGUACCAAGCUCUUUCAACUAUCGACUGAUUCGAGAUCAUGGAUUCAUGUCAGAUUCAUGGCUUCAACUUCAUGGAGAGCCGGAUGCAACUCAAUUUGAUAUGGACAACAUCACAGAAGAUGCCUAUACGCAAUAUUUUGGAUUCACUUGCAACUCGCCCUACAACACCUUCUCCCGCUAUUACGAUCAUGGAGACAGCACCAAUGCCAAAAAGUUGCUGGGAAAAAGACUCGAUUACAUAUUUUACCGUCAUUCACCACAGCUGACAUGCAUUGAAUCCAAAGUAGUGCUGACAGGCCUAGUGCCUGAUUCAAGCAUGAGUUAUUCAGAUCAUUUUGGCGUCGUCUCUGUCUUUUCAACCACACCAUCACCACACGCUCAACAACAAGAAAAGGAGAUGGCACCUAUACCCUCUUUGCUGUGCCAUCCCAACUACACUCAUUUACAGCCAUCGAUUGUACAAGAGAUCUUGGAUGAACUGAGGCAGGAUCGAGACAAAGCCAAAGAACAUGCUCACACAUUGCUCUAUGCGUUUGCGCUUUGUGUACUGUUACAAAUUGUAUUUUACAUAUUAAUUGUUGUGCUACCAACAACGUUAAGUUACCAUGGCACAUUGCCGAUUAUCUUGGUCACUGUCUUUGAUGGUGCUCUCAUGAAUCUUACAUCCCUACUGAUACCCCUGUUUCAUCAACGAAAUAGAGACACUUCAACACAAUCUGGAUGA